CUUACGAACGAGAGCGGACGUGAAAAGUGGAAAUCUCUCUCCCUUCCCUUUAUGAGCAGUUCCAGUUACAGUUCAGUGAAUUGUUGUUGGACUUGGUAGGAAAAGUUCAAUUGUUUCUUUUCUGAACCACUGGGAGCGCAGGAGGAGGAGGAGCGGGUGGUUUGGCAUUUUUUUGCUCUUCUAGUGGAUUAAUUGGCUGGACCAACCGGUUCUAGUAGGCCGAAUAGCAGUGGCGUCUUACAGUGGCUAUUCCGAGAGAACGGAGCGAAGGUCGGUGAUCUUUGCCGCAGCAGUCUACUUAGAUGUGUUGUGUCUAGUCUAGGAGAUUCGUGAAAAAUGGAGCCGCUUGGUGGUUUACCGAUGGAGGACGCGAAAUGGAAGAAACAAUAAAACCGCCAGCAGAUAGAUCAUCCUCUUUCGGUUUCCAGUGACGGUGAUCUGAAAUCGCGUGUGGAAUACAAACGGUGAAAAAGAACGAAAAUUCGUUUUUCCUCUGACGACGAUGAAGACGACGUGUGUCUGCUAGUCUUCAAAGCAAAUUUCGGUUAAUAGCGACACGUGAGAAUUGAAGAAAAAUAUUCAGUUGAAGAAACGGAAGUUGUGUGAAAAUUACUCACUUGUGCAACUGUUUCUCCCAAAGGAAGUACCAUCAGGAGCACGAAAAAAAAGCUAGUGAUGAGUAAAUAGCAUGAGAUACAAAGUGAAAUAGUACACUUUUAUUUCUCACUUCACGUCAUCACAUCAGUGCUCUUUACGGGAAAUUGAGGAAGAAAAGAAGAAAAAUAAGCUGUAGUGAAAAGCUCUGGCGUUUUGUUCUGGUUGUUUUUUCUCAUUCUUUUCGGAUGAAGUGAAUAUGAAUGGAAAAAGGCAUUAAACGUCCCACCAAGUGAUUGUGGCACUGAGCUGAGCAAGAACAAGAGCGAGAUCUGGUGGCGCCAUCCAAGUUAAAGCUGUAAAACAUCGCAGUAGUAGGCAUUGAACCGGCAGGCCGCCAGACACUGAGUGGAGAACGAAGGGAAAAAAAUUGUCCGGAAAAACUGAAAAAUAAAAAUAAGAAUCCCAAACAAGGUGGGGGCGGAGAAUCGACGAGCAAGAGGAGCGCAACCCUGUUUAUGAGAAACAUCCGGAGUUCGACACGCAUUCUCACACAUUGUGUGUUGUUAUAAUCGAACCAAUAUAAAGCCGUGUGCCGUGGCUACCGAGUUGAAGUGAACAUGUGAAGUUCGCCGGAAGCGGUUUGGGGGUUAAACGACGUACGAAGAAUAAUAAAAAUAAAGAAGGAAGGUGAAAGUGAUUGAGCUGUAUAAGCCGAAGCCGACCGGUCGCUGUAGCCUACCGUGAAAACGCGUGAGCAGGGUGUGAAAAUAGCCGUACCAGCUUACUGCGAUUGUGAACGGGGGGUGCCCGAGCAGCAGGCGACGGCACAGUAGCAUAACAUCCGGUAAUUGCUUGUGAUUUGAAGAGCAACCGACGACAAUAACCGCGGAAGUGGAGACGCUUGGUCGACUACUGACUGGAGGUUGUCUCCGCCUGGCAAAAGUAGCACGUGCUUGAGGACGCGAGACCUAGCCCACGGAUAAAAAGGGCUCACUGGAGGCGAUACGGCGUCAGUCUCGGUCCAUUGCGGCUCGCCGUGGACGGAAAGUUAAGUUCUCCGAAUGGGAAGAUCACCAUGAAAAUGACGCACCGGAUGAAGACAAGUUUGUUUGAAAAGCACUGAAAACACACUUACAAGUUGACACACUUCCACAGAGACAUAAACACUCACACACAUACGCACACGUCACCCGCCCAUUUGUCACACAGAAAACGAAACAAAAACACGUCAACACAAAAGACAAUUCGCCUGUGUAAAUAUAGUUCAAAUAAAGUGCUAACCCAUCCUUGAUCUAAGUUGGCCUGGUCCAAGACAAAAAGCAAAAAGUUUAGCGCUGAAUAUAGAGUAAACACACCGACACAGGGUUCUUUGCUGUGAAAUUUUCCUUAAGUGCCAAGUUGGGUGUGUUAUGCGAGGAAAGUGUUCUUGGCACACCAGCACCCCACAGCAAGUUGAUGAGGCUCUCGAUGUUGAAUGCAAGCGAACGAAUGUUGAACUCAAACUAUAAAUGAAAGUGGUGAAGAAAAUGUGGGGCAAAACAACCCGAUGGAAAGCACAAUACUAAAAAGUAAACUGUUUGUGAAGAAUGAGAAGACGGCAGCGCGCCGAACGUCGACUCCGGAGGGGAUGACCCUGCGGACGCGUGGCGGUGAUGAUGCCUCGGAACCGACGGUUGCCGGCGGCGGUGGUGGUGGCGGGGGUGACAAGAAGGACACCAAGAUAGAUAUUCCCCUGCCACAGUAUAUGCACCCGGCGGGGGAGAAAUUCGCCGACAAACGAGUUAAGAGACACAGCAUCCAUGGCAUGAUGGAGGAAGAGAAUGUCGUUCGACCGCACCAGGAGAUAGCGGCCCUAUCCCUGGAAGAGAAGAAAUAUCUGCUCGCCGUCGAACGAGGCGAUGUCGCCAGCACCCGAAGGAUACUGGAGAAGGCCAAUGCUGAGGCACACAUCAACAUCAACUGUGUCGAUCCGCUGGGGAGGUCCGCCCUGCUGAUGGCCAUCGACAACGAGAAUCUCGAGAUGGUGGAGUUGCUCAUCAAUCAUCGGAUGGACACUAAGGAUGCCCUUCUGCACGCCAUCUCGGAGGAGUUUGUCGAGGCGGUUGAAGUGCUGCUGGACCACGAAGAUAGCAGCCACAAAAAUGGGGAUCCACAUAGUUGGGAAGCGCUACCACCGGAUACGGCAACCUUCACACCGGAUAUUACACCACUCAUUUUGGCGGCCCAUCGAGACAACUAUGAGAUCAUCAAAAUUUUGCUGGAUCGAGGAGCCACACUGCCGAUGCCGCAUGAUGUCAGAUGUGGAUGCGAUGAUUGUGUAACUUCCCGGCAAGAGGACUCCCUAAGGCAUUCUCGAUCGCGGAUCAAUGCAUAUCGUGCCCUGGCCAGUCCUUCCCUGGUGGCCUUAUCCUCGAAGGAUCCCAUUCUGACGGCAUUCGAGCUGAGUUGGGAGCUGCGGCGGUUGAGCUUUCUCGAGCAUGAGUUUAAGAACGAGUAUCAGGAACUGAGACGUCAGUGUCAGGAUUUUGCCACCGCAUUGUUGGAUCACACACGGUCUUCCCACGAACUGGAAGUGCUGCUGAAUCAUGACCCCACGGGGCCGGCGUUCGAGCACGGUGACCGGAUGCACCUCAAUCGAUUGAAGUUGGCGGUGAAAUUGAGACAGAAAAAGUUUGUGUCCCAUCCAAACGUUCAGCAACUGCUGGCCAGCAUCUGGUACGAAGGUCUUCCGGGCUUCCGGCGAAAAAAUAUGGCCCUACAGGCACUGGAAAUUGUGCGAAUAGGUAUGCUUUUUCCACUGUUUUCCAUCUCAUACAUCAUCGCACCGCACUCCACCUUCGGACAGACAAUGAGAAAACCCUUUAUCAAGUUUAUUUGCCACAGUGCAUCGUAUUUUACCUUUCUGUUUCUACUGAUGUUGGCUUCGCAGCGCAUUGAAACGGUAAUUGGAGGCGUGUGGGGAGCCGAGAUGAGUAGUCAUGACGAAGUGCCUACAAAGAGGGGAGCGAGUCCCACGCUGGUUGAGUGGCUAAUUUUGUCCUGGGUUAGCGGACUGAUAUGGAGCGAAGUGAAGCAGCUGUGGGACGUCGGUUUGCAGGAGUACGUGAACGAUAUGUGGAAUGUGAUAGAUUUCGUGACCAACUCGCUGUACGUCGCAACGGUGGCACUCAGGGUGGUGUCCUACUUUGAGGUCCAAAAGGAAAUGGCCAUCAACAGGUUUGCGGCGGACCUGCCUCGUGAAAAGUGGGACACCUGGGAUCCGAUGCUGAUCUCCGAGGGUCUGUUCAGUGCUGCCAACAUCUUCAGCUCGCUGAAACUGGUGUACAUCUUUUCGGUGAAUCCCCACCUGGGACCGCUGCAGGUAUCGCUCUCCCGAAUGGUGAUGGACAUUAUGAAGUUCUUCUUCCUGUACGUGCUGGUGCUGUUCGCCUUCAGCAGUGGUCUCAACCAGUUGCUGUGGUACUACGCCGAUCUGGAGAAAAAACGAUGUCCGGAAGCAUCGGCGUUUUCCAACAUGACAUCAACGGAUCCCAAUGCAUGUGUAGUGUGGAGGCGGUUUGCAAACUUGUUUGAAACCAUUCAAACCUUGUUCUGGGCGGUGUUUGGUCUGGUGGACCUGGAGAACUUCGAGCUGGAUGGGAUCAAAAUUUUUACUCGCUUCUGGGGUAUGUUAAUGUUCGGGACGUAUUCGGUGAUCAACAUUGUGGUGCUGCUGAAUCUGCUAAUUGCCAUGAUGAAUCAUUCAUAUCAGCUUAUAUCGGAACGUGCCGAUGUGGAAUGGAAGUUUGCCCGAUCCAAGCUUUGGAUAAGCUAUUUCGAAGAAGGAGGCACAUGUCCACCACCCUUCAACAUCAUCCCGACGCCCAAAUCCACCUUCUACGUCUUCCAGUGGGUCAAGAGGAAAUUCUGCGGACAUUCAAAGGCCGUCAAAAAGGAGCACAUGAAGACGAUUCGACGGAAGGUAAAGCAAGCCAGCGAACGAGACUUCCGGUAUCAGAGCAUAAUGCGGAACCUGGUGCGGCGAUAUGUGACCGUCGAACAACGGAAAGCUGAAUCCCAGGGGGUUACCGAAGACGACGUCAAUGAAAUCAAACAGGACAUCUCGGCCUUUCGAUGCGAAUUGGUGGAAAUUCUGAAGAACAGCGGAAUGAACACGACCAGCGCCACGGGAUCAGGAAGCGGUGUCGGUGGCAAGAAGAAUCGUCAGAAAGAACGUCGACUAAUGAAGGGAUUCAACAUUGCUCCACCUCCAGCUCCGGAAGGUGGACAGCAUCUGACGCCGGUUUCCGAGUUCACAUCACAACUUCCGGAAAAUUCCCCACACGAAAUGUUUGCCGGAGUGUUCGGGCCUGGUCUUACUCCUAAGAAAGCCUUGCACCAAGUCAAUCCCAUGCAUCAGUAUUCAUCACAGUCCCAAAGUUCCUUCGGUGAAAACAACAAUCCUAUGCACAAACUUUCAAAACUCGCACCGAGAUUCCACUCCAAAAGACCUAGCUCGCAGAAAAAACGAUGGGGUAGCACUCUCAUCGAGGCGGCCAAGCACGGAAGCGUUUCCAAGUUUAUCGGUCGCUCCCGAUCGGAGGAUUCCGUGUGUAACCACGGCCAACGGGGCGAAUCGGCCAGCCAUAGUAACAGCCCUGCAUCAGAUGAAGCCAUCACGGAAUCCCCAUCGGACUCGAAUCCGAGCUUGGAUCGACCGGAAGUGGAAGCAUCUCCGGAUCCAACCAAACACCAUGGCCAUCAUGGGGGCAGCGAUAAGACGCACGGAGGCAAACCCAAGGACACCUCCCAUCACUACCAUCUGCACUUUGGUGCACUGGCCGCCCUCAAGCGAAAGCGGAAAAAGUUUUCCAACAGCCGGAACAGCAGUCCGGUGCUGGAUCCACCGAGUGAAGUCGUUCCUACGGCAACGGCUCCGUCGAAUAAUUCUAGCAGUAAGGUGCUGAAACGUGCAUCUAGUGUGCCGUCGUCACGCAGCGGGUGUGACGAGGUUGUCAUUGGCAACGCCGGUGGUGUCAUUGUAGAGGGCGCUACAGAAGACGCCAGUGUUCCGCUGAAGACUCCCCGACACGAACAAACCCAAAGCCAGCAUAACUCGAUGGAAAAUCAACUGGACCCUCCGUUGACACCGUCGACGACGGAGGAAAGUGUCGACAAUCCGUCACACACGAGGAUCAGCUCAACUGAGCCGCUCCUACAAAUACAGGGUCGAGCGGUGAAUAUUGAUGAACUUACGACCCCAGGCGGUCAGAGAACAUCAGGCCAGCAACCUUCCUAUAGAAUCCCUGGAGUCACUCCGGUGCGGGGACAUUUCCAAUCCCAAGGAUGGUUAUAGGGCCUAUUCAAAGGAGGUGCUUGUUUUGUACAUAGUAUUGUUGGGUGGCAACCGAAUGGAGCAGAACGCCAUCAUGAGUAUUAUCUAGUCAUUUAGUAGAAGGAUGUUGAGAGAGAGAGAGGAAUACACACUUGAACUGCCAUCACGAAAACAGGACAAACUCUUACCAAUCGGAUGUAAACUUAUCGAAAGCAAAAUUCUAAACCAAUCGGAGAGGUUCAGUUUUUGGCGAUUACCCACUGUAGUUAUCGUUUUCUUGGUUAUCAUGAAGGCCUAAACGUUUGUUUGACCGGGACUUUUGAGACAACUAUUUGGAUGUAAUUACUAGUUGGGAGAAUAUCCCUUCUCUUAACAAAAUGGGAAUUGGGCGCAAAACACUUAAUUGAGUGAGUGAAGGCUUUCGGCUGACAUCUUCCAGCUGGGACAGAAGACAGAAGCGGAAGCUUCACUUCACCCACCAAUGUUGAAGUAGAAAUACCUAACCUCAUAUACUAAUAAAUUGCACAUAUGGUAUAGAGCAGGAAUGGAGGUUACGUGUAGUGAAACAUAGCUGAUCGAAUCACUUAUUAAAAACUAGUCAACAUAAUAGCAAGGAGAGAUUUUUAAAUCAACAAACAAGUAAGGGACCACGUCUCUUAAGUCGAAUAACGUCGAAUGUAUAGCGAUCAUCAAACAUUGAUAAUAAAUUAUCACAUGUCAACAUUAACAAAAAAAAAUGAACCUAAAAAUGGUAGAUUUUAACCACAGGGUGUUUCAUAAAUAAAAAGUCAUAAAUACAACUAGAGGCAAAAGUUUUACCGUUGAAACUGCAGCUGUUGUGGGCACAGAGAUAAAAGUCAACAUUAACCCAUUUUUUUUAUAAAACUUAACAUGACACAGCAUAAACAUACACACUCAUACGCAAACUAGAACAACUUUAUCCAACUUUCACAAGUACACCAACACCCAACUGUAGAGUUCACCUUACUAAAGAAUUUACAUACACGCUAACACACAAAAAUGAACACAAGGAAUUUUCCUUGACUAACGAUGAGAAGAAAUCAAAGGAGGCCUUAUUAUUGAGAAGAUAUAUGUUAUAACAAAAUAAACAACAACUAGAGACCAUAGCUAAAUGAAAGGAGCUGUCAGUAUUAUAGACAACUCACAGUUCUGAAUUGAAUAAGUUAUGAAGCUAUUAGGAUUUAUAACUAAUAAAAAAUCACACAACAAUAAAUAUUGUUAAAAAAGCAGAUUUCAAGAAACGUCGGUUCUAAUAAUAAAGUUUCCCAUGGUCGAGAUCUGAAAUUCUCAUCCAGUAAUCAAAUUGGUGGCUAUAGUAAAGUAAAUCAACGAGAACCGACGAAUCGUUAACAAUUUUAGGCAGUUUCUGGGAAAUUAGUUGAUUCAAAUGGUGAGCUAACACAGUAGCUCGCAGCAAAACAGACGAAGGACAUGAGAGGAGUAGUUGAAUUAUGCAAUUAAUCACCUUAAUUAAAAACAAAAAAACAGUUCACCAAAAGCAAACGGUAAAUGACAGUAUCGAAAUUAGAGAUUUAUACUUAACAAUGUGAAGAAGGGUAAACAAGGAAAACUGGAAACAACUAGUCAUAGACAUACACUCAGAAAAAUUAUAUAUUACUAGAAUAUAGUUAUCGGCGUAUAUUCCAGUCAUUGGUUACACAGAAUUAUUUGAAUUAUAACCGGAGGUAAAGAUGCUAUGGAAUUAGGAAAAGAAAGAGAUUGUUUAUAGGAAAUUGAUCCAAGGAAUAAGAAAA